UUUCCUCGCAGCGUUUUCGUCCGUCUGUUUGCUCGUGUUUUUCCAUAGAUUCACUCUUCACGUUUCUCCUUGAACAGGAACUCUCUUAGCCAGUGAUGGGCUGUUAGUGUUAGAUGGGUUUGGAUGGAGAAUAAUCUUCCUGACACACGUGUGUCGCACUGACUGUGUGUGUGUGUGUGUGAGUGUGUGAGUCUGUGAGUGUGUGUGUGAGUGUGUGAGUCUGUGAGUGUGUGUGUGAGUGUGUGAGUCUGUGUGGGAUUGUUUAGUUGCUGCAUGAGGCUCAAGAGAGACAGACAGAAUAAAUGCGACCGUUUCCUCUUACAGACACGCAGGAAGACGCGCUGCUUAAUUUAGCCUGUGAAAACACACACACACACACACUCUCACACAUGCAGAAGUGUGACCCCAGAGACACACACACAUGCAGUAUCAUAUGAGACACACACACACACACACACACACACUGCUGUCCAUCUCCUUCAUGAAACAUGCACAGCUCUGUGUCGGGUUACACACCAGCAGAUGGAUGUGUGUGUGUGUGUGUAUGUGUGUGUGUGUGUGUGUCUAGAACAGUUUUAUUCAUUGUGUUGCAUAACGAGCCGCCGCAGCUGCUGUAGGAGUGUGUGUCAGUGUGAAGCAGGAGCUUCAGUGAGUCGACUCACAUUGAUCUGCGUCUCUGACUCGAUCGAUCCGGUGUCGGGACGGGGCCAUGAUUUUAAGGCAGUUUUCAUUGAUGAGUCCUAAUUCAGGAAGCUGUUGGUGAUGUUUGUGUUUGGUUGGCAGGAAGCACAAAUCACAUGCAAAUGAAACUUAAAAUGAUCCAGCGUGUGACUUCUGACAUGUAAAUGGCGUCUAAGGUGCGUGAUGCUGUGCUCUGGUACCAGAAGAAGAUCGGUGCGUAUGACCAGCAGAUAUGGGAGAAAUCCGUGGAACAGCGAGAGAUCAAGUUUAUCAGACGGGGUCUGAGGAACAAACCGAAGAAGACGGGUCACGUGAAGCCGGACCUGAUUGACGUGGAUCUGGUCAGAGGUUCUGCGUUUGCUAAAGCGAAGCCCGAGAGCCCGUGGACCGCUCUGACCCGGAAGGGCAUCGUCAGGGUUGUUUUCUUCCCCUUCUUCUUCCGCUGGUGGAUUCAGGUGACGUCGAGAGCCAUCUUCUACCUGCUGCUGUCUCUCUACCUGCUGCAGGUGGUCGCAGCGCUGCUGUUCUUCAGCGUCUCCAGUACUCACAGCGUCCCCGUCACAGAGGUGUUUGGCGCCAUCUGGCUGAUGCUGCUGUUAGGAACCGUUCACUGCCAGAUCGUCUCCACACACACUCCCAAAUCCAGCGGCGGAAGCAGCAGCGGGAAGCGGCGCAGGAAGUUGAGGAAAGCCGCUCAUUUGGACAUUCAUAGAGAAGGCGACGGCUCUAGCACUACCGAUAACACGCAGGAGGGGGCGCCGCAGGGCUCGCUGUCUGCCGGCUCACGCGGCCUCGUCGCCUUCUUCAGAGAGUUCUGGCAUGAUAUCUUUAAAGCGGGGUCUAAAAAGUCCAAGCUGUCUAUCGAUAAGUCCACCGAGACGGACAACGGAUACGUGUCUCUGGAUGGACGCAUCACCAGCAAAAGCAGCGAGGAGGGUUUACAGCUGCACGAGCCGCACUGCGAGCUGCUGCGCUCCGAAGAGCCGCACUGGACCGUCCCGCACACCAGGAACACCCUGAUCCUGCCGCCCGCGGGGAAGUGUCUGCCUGAGGCCGCGGCUCCUCGCGGUGUGGAGAACAUGUCUGAUGAAGCGUCCAGUGAAGAAGAUCCAGAGAACUACAGCGCCCUCCGAAGGGGAACGGAGCGCAAGAACAGCGACUGCACACUGCGCAACAGAAAAGCACCACACUACAAGAAGCACUACACUGCUGAGGAGACGCUCAAAUCCGGCACAAGCUGCAGUUCCCGCUGCUCCAGCUCACGGACGCAGGACUCGGAGAGCACGCGGCACGAGUCGGAGACGGAGGACGUGCUGUGGGAAGAUUUCCUGCACUGCGCCGAGUGCCACUCGUCCUGCACCAGUGAGACGGACGCCGACGGAUCCGCGGUCUGUUCCGCCUCCAAGAAAGAGUUCAGAGACGACCCGUUUCAUCAGGGUCAUGUGCCGUGGCUUCACAGCUCCAACCCGGGCCUGGAGCGCGUCAGCGCCAUCGUGUGGGAAGGAAACGAGUGCAAGAAAGCGGACAUGUCUGUGCUGGAGAUCAGCGGCAUGAUCAUGAACAGAGUGAAUCUCUACACUCCAGGGAUUGGCUAUCAGAUAUUUGGCUAUCUGGUGUCCGUGACGCUGGGCUUGACUCCAUUUGCGUUUAGACUGUUCCAGUACAAAGACCUGGAGCAGCUGGCGUCUCUCUCGGCCGGCGAGAUCCUGUCCAUCGCCAUCGGCUCCACCGACAUCCUGGUGAUCGGCAUGGUGAGCGUGAGCUUCGUGGUGCGCGUGUGUCUCAUCUGGCUGUUCUUCUUCCUGCUCAGUGUCGCCGAGAGAACGUACAAGCAGCGGCUGUUGUUUGCGAAGCUGUUUGGUCACCUGACGUCGGCGCGGAGAGCCAGAAAAUCUGAAGUCCCUCAUUUCCGUCUGAAGAAGGUGCAGAACAUCAAGAUGUGGCUGUCGCUGCGUUCUUACCUGAAGCGGCGCGGCCCUCAGCGCUCUGUGGACGUGAUCGUCUCCUCUGCGUUUCUUCUCACGCUCUCGGUGGUUUUCAUCUGCUGUGCUCAGCUGCUUCACGUUCACGAGACGUUCCUGGAGUUUCAUUAUAACUGGGAGCUGGUGAUCUGGUGCGCGUCGCUCUCGCUGUACCUGCUGCGGUUCGUCACGCUGGGCUCCGAGACCAGCAAGAAAUACAGCAACACCUCCAUCUUACUGACAGAACAGAUUAAUUUGUACUUGAAAAUGGAGAAGAAACCAAAUAAGAAAGAAGAACUGACUCUGGUCAACAACGUCCUCAAACUGGCCACCAAAUUACUGAAGGAGUUGGACGCUCCGUUUCGACUGUACGGUCUGACCAUGAACCCUCUGCUGUACAACAUCACUCAGGUGGUCAUCCUGUCGGCCGUGUCGGGGGUCAUCAGUGACCUGCUGGGCUUCAACCUGAAGCUGUGGAAGAUCAAGUCAUGACGGCGAAAAUCUGAGUGAUUUCAGCUUCCCGAGGCGACGCUGCUCGUGUCCGACACACGGUGGCGCCGUUUCCCCGCGACAGGGGCUUCCUGACCAUGAACUCUUGACCCUGUUAGGUCAUAUCAGAGUGCUUGUGCAAUUCAGCUAUUUAUUUUACCCUUUCAGUGUUUCUUUUUUAUUCUCAAGUAUUUGUUUUAGCUGUUACAAUUAUUUUAAGUAUUAUUUUAGCUCGGGAUGUGACGUUCUCAUAGGAAAAGCUGCAGCAGUUGUGCUUGUGUUUCGCAGUCUGUGAUAUUUAAGACUGCUGUGCGUUACUGAAACCGAGAGUUUGAAGAGAAAAACACCCAUCAGGACGUGAUGAACGGAUGAAACUGACGUACACACACACACACACACACACACACACACACACACACACGCACACGUGUUUAUGUAUGCGUGUGAAUUUUCAUUUGUUGAAUCUGGUUUGCAGAAGCUCAGUUGAGUUUUUCAGCUCCAUGUUUUAUAUUCAAGUGUCCGUUAAAAUGAACAUUGCUGCGUCUGAUCACACGGAGUCUGCAGUAACACACUCGAGUGUGUGUGUGUGUGUGUGUGUGUGUGUGUCAGCAGUUUGGAAAGCCUCAAGAUGUGCACUUUACAGCAGAAAAUGUUACAUGUUUCAAAGUCAAAAGCGUUUAGACGUUGUGUUUUUGUUUGCGACAGACGGUGUAACGACCAAAGUGUUUAUUUUUGUGUUUGUCUGUUUUUUGCUGGACAUGAAUGUAUUAGAGACUCUCUGAACUCUGGUUUGUAAAGAGGACAGACAGAGUUAUACUUUGUUUUUGUUUUUGUCGUGAUUUUAUUUUUGCCUGUUUUGGGUUUGAUUCAUAUAGAUCCAUAUUUCUGUUCAUGGAGGGAAAAUGUUCUGUUACAAAGAAACACUAUUUGAGGAAAUGGAGAAAUUGAAUGUCUUGUUUGCUUUUCAGAGAAUCUUCUGUUUCUAGUUUCUAUGAAUGUCAAACGUUUGGCGGCACGGUUUCUUUUCUCAGUUUUCCACUGAUUGUAUGAAGGUACAGCCAGAUUUCACGAGACUCUGGCGUCACUUACUGUACAAAUAAACCUCUCAUGAAAAGUG